CAAUGAAUUAUGAAAUUUGACAAAAAUGAAGAAAGAAGACGCGACUCGUGUUAAUCAGUCAAAUCUAAGAAGCAUUUCUUAUUUUACAUUGUUUCGAUUUGCAUCAAAAUGGGACAAAAUAUUAAUUGGAGUGGCGUUAUUUGGGACAUUUAUUUCGGGAAUUUCACUACCCUAUGCCAUUACAUUGGUUGCGAAUGUUUUUCAAAACAUGAUUAAUUAUGCAAAGUCAAAUAAGAAUAACUUAGUCAAUGAUAAAUUUUUGCAUGAGAUGCACCUUUUCUCACUGAAGUACACGGGUGUAGGCGUUAUUUUGUUGAUGGGUGGAUAUCUUGGCACUGCAUUGAUGAACAUCGCAGCUAUAAACCAGGUACUAAAAAUUAGGCAAGAAUAUAUAAAAGCUGCUUUAAAUCAGGACUUCGCCUAUUAUGACCUUCAUCAAACGGGUGACUUCGCAUCAAAGAUGGCAGAGUAAAUAAAACAAUGGAUUCCGUAUGUUUACGAUAAUAAUAUGGAAUGUUGCUUAUCUAUUAUUAAUUAUAUUUCCUACAUUCAGGCGACUGAUAUUUUAGUAGCCAUAAAGUUUCUU